AUGGUAGGUCACUCCGAGUCGAAAGGGGCUAGAAAGAGAGACAAGAGUGUGAGUAACGGUAACAAGCAGAGUCGAGGAGUCGCUACAUCAUUCGGCUUCAGGCGACGUCCUGCCAGCACCUCAAGAGCUGAUGAUAACGCGAGGAAGAAGAAAUCUCAUGAUAAGAAUGGAAAUGGGGGUUCAACCGAAGAGUUACGAGCCGAGGAGGUCUUGUCAGGUCGAUCAACACCAUUGGCUAGACCACGAAAGGAGACAUCAGGACAACCGCUUAGAACGAAUCGGUUCGGUUUCAGGCAGCAGCAUAACAAAACAGCGAAGGUAUCCGACGUAAGCCUAACUGCUGAACAGGCGUUCGCACCACCUAAGGAUAAGGAAGCCAACAUAAACAACAACUUUGAUAAGAAAAGUACAAAUGCCUACAACCUCCCUUCCUUUGCUACUCAAGUAUCAGCAAGUGGAGUCACUAAUAUAGUCGGAGCCCAGGGUGUGCCUAAACCCGUAACCAAGCAGACCGUCAUCUUGACGUAUCAAGCACAACAACAACAACAUCCACAGGAUGGCAGAAAACCGCCGAAAGCUGAAACGCCCAGUGUGCGAAGCGCAAUUGCAACCCGACCGCCCGCCAUCGAUCCUCAGAAGCCUCCAGGAAAAUAUACUUUCCAAACAAAUCAGCUACCUCGGCCGCAAUAUCCAGCUGUAAAGACUAUAGAUACAAAAUCUGCUAAACAGGUCGUCAAUAACAACCGGAAGGCGAGUGCGGACGGCUGGCGAGAAGGUGCAGGAUCCGCUGUGUCCAGCGACUCUGGGGUGUGGACAGGGUGUGAGGGCGGGGAAGAACUAUCCCCCCGCUCGCGACGAAGACCACGUAAUUUGGAGAUGGUGAUGCGUGGCUCCCAUAACUUUCAUCUUCGGGAGUUACAAGUCGCCGAUCUGGAUAUUAUGGACGACGCUGUUAUCACGGGCCACGCAGUAAUCCCACUUCCAAAGCUACCGAGUUCCUUCACUGAAUCAUCCCCAGAAGUCGAACCGGCUCCGUUCAUACCUUCCCCAGUCGCUCCAAAACCGACUCCUGUCAAAGAACCUCAAAGCUCCCCCAUGUCAACGCUAGAACGCUACAGAACCAGGACUAGGCCUUCUAGGAUCAGCACCAUGGAGUACAAGAAUGAAGAAAAGUUUGUGUUAGAUAGAACCCAGCCAGAAGUAUUGACUAAGCAGUCAUCAUUUGUAAAGUCAUCAAGUGGAAAAACAUCUCCUACCGUGGAUUCAUCAAAAGAGUCCAGCCCAUCUUGCAAGAGCGAAGAAAGCCAUUUUGGUAAUAGUAGUGCAUGGCAGAGUCACGCUGCUGGAGAAGCAAUGGCUAAUAGGUCUCAAGAUGAUGUAUCGUUAGCUUUAAGUGUAUCGAGUUGUGAGGAGGAUAAGUCUAAAUUUGAAGUAAAAGAGCUACCUAAACCAGAGCCUGAAGUCCCGAAGAAAACUAUUGUUAUCAUGGAUGAACCUCCACAUCCGCUUCUGAUGAAAUCACUAACUUUGAGUCAACAUGAAGCAUUGAGGACCUCUAUGAUGGGUUCAAUGACAAGUUCAAACUACAGUACAACAAGCACAUGCACAAACCAAAGCAACGGACACAACACAUUAACGCUCACACUAGAAGAAUCUAAAUUCGACAUGUCCGUUCUGGAAGCUUCAACACAAAGUUUACUUGACGACGAGACCUCGCCAGCUGAUUCUCUCAUAUCUUCCACGAGUACCAGUGACUCAAACAAUGAACUACACGGAACAGAGGCGCCCUCUAUAUCCAGUGCAUAUCAGACGGCAAACACCAAGACAAGAUCACCAGAUCCCAUUGUGGAAGAAGAUGAUAGCAUUGAUGGUGAAGCGCUGCCGGCUGUUAAGGAAAUAAGUGAAGGUGCGUCCAGCUCAGGCAGUGGCAGUAAAAAUGUAACACCUCCCUCCCCGGGUACUCCUACGCACGCAUCUGGUUCACUGUCACUGUCUGAUGGUCGUGACUUCUUCGAUGAUGAAAUCGCCGACCAGCCCGCGUUACUCUUCAGAAAAAAUAACCACGGUAGUCCAUCCGUAAAGCGUGCGGAUUCAGAUGUUGGUAAGCAGAUGAGAAGAUCACGUGACCACGUCGCAUCCAGUCCGUUGGCACGAAGGAGUUCCAAACUCAUUGGAAAUCGGAAUCCAAAUGAAAGAACAGCAUCCUUGGAUACACUGUCCAGCCUUGCGUCAGACGAUCUGAUGAUGGACAAUGAUUUGGCGCAGUCAAUAACCAGUUUGCAAAGUGUAGAUGAUUAUAUUGAGAGACUGGACAGUUCACUUCGUAGCGGCCUAAACUCCCUGGACGAAAAGCAACUGCGACAGGAGUUAUCAUCAUCAAAAACCGCGAUACGACAGUGGAGUCAACUAUUAGAGAAGAACAAUAUCCUAGAUCGACAAUUAGCUGCUAUGGCUCAAGGAAAAUCAACAGAAUCGCUCGCUGGAAGUACUAGCAGUCUUACUAAUCUGGGGUAA